UGCCCAGUUUAAGUCUCUGCCAAGUGAGACUUUAAAAUCGAAUAAGGCCUACGUCAUUAACAGACCAGGUAUAUUUCCAACUUAAGUACUGCUUGUAGAAACUAAAAACCAAAAUACAUUGACUUUUACAUCCAACAUUUAACUUCCCUCACAGAGAUCCCUUUCUGGACAGAUUGACUUAUAAUCAAUCGAUACGUGGUCUUUUUCACACUCACACUCAAACGAUAGUUGAUAAUAAAUCCGCAAAACGAACACGCAAUCAUGCCUAAAUCAUUAAAAGUUGCUCUAAAGAAUAAUAGCAAUUCGGAUCAAGUCUAUGCGUAUAUCACCGGUAUAGCUCUUCAACAUAGAGGCCAACGUUGCUUUCUCAAAGCCGAUGGAGAAGGUCUUUACUUCCCGCAAAAUCCGCCCCGCAUUGGUUCACCGCUGACCGAAGACUGCGCUAUUCCCCUCGGAACGCCGGGGAACACGGUCACGGUCACGAUCCCACAAAUGGCCGGCGGCAGGAUAUGGUUUUCUCGAGACGCAAAGCUUACCUUCUUGCUUAAUCCCGGUCCUGGCUUAGUCGAGCCCAGCGUCUUAAACCCGACCGAUCCUAAUACGGAUGUUGAUUUUGGCUUUUGCGAGUUUACACUCAACGACGCGCAGCUUUAUGCAAAUAUCAGCUAUGUAGAUUUCGUCUCGCGUUUACCGAUGGGCAUCUCACUGGAGCAGAGAAACGGCGCGGUGCAAAGUGUUGCCGGCAUGGCUCCCGACGGUGUGGAUCGCAUCGCGGAGGGGCUGCGCGAGCAAGCUCAAAAGGAUGGCCGGCCUUGGGACAAGCUGGUAGUCAACCGUAAAGGUAGGAUUCUCCGGAUACUAAGUGCGACGCACGGGAAUGCCGUACGUGCGAAUUUCAGUGGUUACUACGAACCAUAUGUGAAUGAGGUAUGGGAACAUUUCCUCGCGAAUCAGAAAGAAGGCCGGUUUCUAAAAAUCAAUACGCAAGCUGCGCCAGGCAUUUUAAGUGCCCAGUUCAUGGAUAAUGGCGAGGUACAGGUUGGUAACGAGAAAUUUGGCAAGCCAAAUACGGCAGACAUCUUUGGUUGCAAUAGUGGUCCGUUCACAACAGGGCCGUCGCCUACGCGUAACGCCAUCAUACCGCGCCUAGCCGCUGCAUUUGUGCGCACAGCGCUGCUAGAAGCAUAUGAACACCCCUCACAACCGCAUACAUUCUACCGGAGAGAUCCGACAAAUCAUUAUGCUCGUAUUGUACACGAGCACAAUGUCGACGGAAAAGGCUAUGCCUUUGCUUACGACGACGUGCAGCCAGAUGGCGGUGAUGAUCAGUCAGGGAAGGUCAAUGAUGGCGACCCAGUCCUAUUCACGGUAACUGUUGGUGGCGUUCAAACGUGAUACAAUUAAGUUCGCGAGUUUUCAUAAUGUCUUUUCUUUUUGGGUGUGUACCUGGCUAGAAAGGUUAGGUACCUACACCUAAGGUAGGUACCUAUCAUGAUAUUAAAGGAGUCAUUUAGUAGGAAAGCCUUAUGGUCAGGGGUUCAUGGUUGGGAUAAGGUACUUGAAGAAAUAAACUAAAACGAUAGCAAACUUAAUAAAGUAAUAUCAAAAGGAA